AUGGACUCGUAUCGCCCCGGCGGAACCCGUCGGCCUCCUGUUCGCGACAGCGACUCGUAUCGACCUCGCGAUUACGACCCUCCCGCUCCACCCUGGCCUUCCACGAACUACAGCAAAGAUGCCAUGUACCAUUUUCAAGGUUCGCGCGACCGAGAGCCGCCACGGGAGUUCGUCCGCCGUCCCAGGCCCGGAUAUCAGAGUGCGCGACCCCAUCCUACAGGUUCCCGACGGGACAACUGGCGAAGACCCCCACCCCCGACCAUAAGGACAGCUGCAAAUCGCCCUCUGUUCAAGCUCAGACACGAUGAAGCCGCUGAUUCUUCGGCCGCAAGUCUCAACUUGGAAAGCAAGUCCAAGUUCCGGAAUCUGGAUGAAUUGACGGAUAGCGAGGAAGAAGACAUGGCACAGUCAGAAGAUGAAGAUGAGGAACGGCACAUGAACAAGCGAGCUCGACUACAUCAAGGUGAUUCCGGCAUCGUACCUGCCUCUUCCAAAUGGUCAAAUCCGGAUCCGUACACGUCGCUUCCUCCAGCGGGAGAUGUGGCUGCCAAACGGACGGAUGUCGUCAAGUUGAUUAGGAAAGCGCGCAUCGACACCGACCCCCGCCACCCAAAAGCCAAGCAGGCAGACGAUUUCAUUUCCUUCGAUGCUGACGAGCACGACUCGAGUGAAGACUCGGCCUUGCCGUCGCUGCAACACGCGUCUCCAUCGCCACAGCCUACGUACGUUUCCAUUGCUCGUCAACCGUCCGCGUCCAGCAUGGUUACUGGCAAGAGAAAGAGAGGGCGUGAUCUCGACGACGAAGAAGAACGGUAUCUCAGGUCAGAUCACCCGAUUUAUGCGGAUAGGCGAGUCGAGGACAAAUGGACAGCUGCUUAUGGAGUCAAUGCAACGCCGUGGCUGCGUCCACCUACCCCCAGCAACACUGCUGGAGUCGCGCUCCACAAAGAGAUCAUUGACUUUUACGACUGGGUGAAGCCAAAACCCCAUGAGAUCGAAGUCCGUGGUGCGGUGUUUCAGCGGCUCAACAAGGUUUUGCAAGGUUUCAUGGCAGGAGAACUGAAAGCCUUCGGUUCUUAUGCUGCCGGUUUAUACUUGCCUACCGCUGAUAUGGAUCUCGUCUACCUUACCCGAGCCUUUAAACCUGGGGUGACACCUUCCAAGAAGCACAAGCGGGAUUUGGUCCUCACAGGAGCAACAUUUCUUCGCCGCUGCGGGAUCGCUCAAGGGCCAGUCGUUCCCAUUAGUGGAGCAAAGGUCCCGAUUAUCAAGUUUGUGGACAGAAUCAGCGGACUCAAGGUUGACCUAUGCUUCGACAAUGACACCGGUGUUGCUGCCAUUGAUACGUUCCACAGAUGGAAGAGUGAAUAUCCGGUAAUGCCCAUCAUUGUGUCGGUUGUCAAACAAUAUUUGAUGAUCCGAGGGCUGAACGACGUGUCCACUGGGGGUUUGGGUGGUUUCUCAACGAUCUGUCUGGUGACUAGCCUCCUACAACACCUGCCUGUGCCUCAGCGUCCUGUCAAUGUAGGCGAUGUCUUGCUGGAAUUCUUCAACUACUACGGUAAUGUGUUCGACAAGAAAUCAACGAUCAUCCGUCUUGAUCCGCCAGCAUACUUGAACAAGGCAACACAUCCCAUUCAGUUUGGUGACAAAGACAAUGAACGUUUGACUAUCAUUGAUCCUCAUAGAUCAGAUAACAACAUCUCCGGAGGCACAAGGCAGAUUAGCACAAUUUUCGACUGCUUUUCCAAGGCACACAAGGCUUUAACCACUCGACUCGCUUCAUUCGAAAAAGACCCUUCCAGACAUCAGGCAAAUGGUUUCCUGGGAUGCCUCAUUGGCGGCGAUUUCACGUCUUACGAGAGACAGAGGCAGAGAUUGCGAGAACUAUCUGUCAACGCCACACCUGGUCCCACCGCCGGCAAAGGGGGGCCCACUAUCAAAGAGCCGGCUCGUUCGAUCGAGGUUGGUCGCCGUCCCAAUCGGACUGGACCACCGAUGGCAGCCGGUGCUGACGGCGACACCACGGCGUCUGAGAAGAACCCAAAAGAACCCAGUAGGGGUAGGGGCAUUCGAAGAGCGGAGCGAUUGAAGUCUUUACGACCUGAGCUUGCUGCCUCGAUUCGACAUUCUAUCAGUAUCCUAGACGCUCUGAAGCUUGGCGGCUACAAAGACCCUGCAGAGAUGCAAAGCGAUCUCAGUAUACGAGAAGCAGCCGCCGCGAAGCUCGCUAUGACAUCGUCCGGUCCAGCAUAA